ACUCCGGGCGGCGCGUCGCCAUGGCAACGAAGCACGGCUCACCCGCGAGAUGGUGGACAUCACCUGCCAGGACGCGUUCUACGAGAACUUAACGCUCGGGCUGAUCAAGCUGCUGACGCAGACUCCAGGGGUCCAGGACGUCCGCCUGGACAAGCGGACGCCCUGCGAGAGGCUGCUGCUGUCGUCGUGGGAACAGCGGCACUGCUGCGCGCUGCCCGACGACCUCAGGCAGUUCUACCUCUCCACCGACGGCUACCAGCUCACCUGGAACUACCAGCAUGCAGGCCAGGUCAUCCCCCUGGGCAACAUGCGCGUCAACGCCAUCACGGAGCUGCGCCGCCUGGCGGGCGUCAAGUCCCUGGGCGACGCGGACGGCCCCACCCUGCUGGACGUGGAGAUCUGCAGCACGGCGGGGGCGGCCUCGGCCUCGGCCACGGGGGCCGUGGUGGCGGCCAGCGCGGCCGAGCGGCCCAACUUCGGCGUCAAGUGCAAGAUUUUCGAACUGGACCCGUGUCAGGGCAUGGCCAAGGUGUGCCUGGUGUACCUGGACAAGGGGCUGGAGCCGCGGCGACCGGAGCCCCGCAUCUGGCUGCUGGACCGCUGCUUCGAGUGGCACUUCCUGGCGCCGGACUUCACCACCUACUUCCGCAUGAUGCUGGUGCACCAGGGCCUGCCGCUGUGGCAGUUCCGGGGCACUCCCAUGGGCCUCACGCCCUGGGCCGAGCAAAUGUUCACCCUCGUGGCCCCGCACUUGCUGCUGGUCCAGCCGGACACCAGUGUGCACACCCUGCACUCCAUCGAGUGGAGCGAGGCGCCGUACAACCACCUGGACCCGACCAUCUUCAAGACCAGGUCCAAAGUGAAGAAGAAAUGAACGAGGGGAUGCGAAUCAACGACACUGUUAAAUGUCUAACACUUUAUUUAUAUGUUUUUUCAUUAAAAAAAAAAGGUUUGUUCACUUCAAAGCGCUUUACAACUUCAAAUAAUGGUACAAACGACUGCAAUACAAUAAAUUCCAACAUAGUUAACAGAUUCAUUAAAUACAAGAAAAAAAAAUGCUGUAAUUAAAAUAACUUAGAUAAUCACCAACUUUGUUGGUAUGUCUUAGAAGAUGGUAGCCUUCAAGAUCUAAAAUGUAAAAUAAAAUAAGUAAGAAGAAUUGAUUGGUGGGCAAUGAGCAUUUUUGCUUCAUUUGAGGUCAAAGUUUCAACAGGGUGUACAUUCUCCUCUAUGGAAAUAAAAGCCCACAUUCAGAGGAAAAUAUACCCUUGUUGCAAUGAACUCCAUUAUCUUAAUC